AUGAAUUGCUAAGUAAAUGAUUAUUUUAUUUUUUUGAAUAUAGACUCUAUUUAGUAAUCUUUAAAAAUAAUUGUUUUGUGUAAUACCUAACCUAAACUGAAAAAAAAAAUAAUAAAAAAAACAAAAAAAUUUGAUAAUAAAAUACAAAAUAAAUAGAUAGAAUAAAAAAUGGAAAAAUAAUAAUCUUAAAUAUCUUAAAAAGUAUCUUAAAUUUUGAAUAAUGAUGAAAAAUGCUUUGUGUGUAAAGGAUUAGAAGAACCGUCUAUAGUAAUAUUCAGCAGUCUACCUAAAGAAAAGAAUUUUGUUCAGCUUAUUUGCAGCCAGUGUUUGAAAGCAUAACAAAACAAAUAAAUUGAUUCCUUAAACGAGACUACUGGUACAGAUUAAAAUAAUGAAAACAAAAUUGAUUUAGUGUUGAAACAUUAAUAAAACGACUAAGGUGAGUGUAAAGAGUCCUAGUCUUAAUAAAGUUUAGAGCUUUUUAAUUCAUGUUUAAACGAAAAAAAUUAAUCACUAAGAAGUGAAUUAUAAAAUUAAAGCUCUAUUAAAAAUGACAAAUAAGAAUAAAAAUUAUUGAGUUAAAUAUCAGAAAAUAGCUCAUAAGCUAUUUCUUAACUUUUUACUUGUGACUGUAGCCUUAUAGAUAAAAAAGAUUUAUUUACAUUUUAAAUUAAAGAAGAAUCAAUAUAAAAUCAUUCUUUAUUAUCAUAGAAUUAAUCUUCAUCAUAAAAUAAUGAAGAACUAAAGAUAUAGUCCAAGGUUUCAUAAGAUUAAGCUGAAAACAAUGAAGAAAAGAAAAUUUUAGAGCAGAAAAACUUGGAAAAGAGUGAAUUUAUCGAGUCUAAACCUGCAUUUUUAAUUUAGCCUUACCAUGUUCAAAUAUCAUUUGAUUAAUUAAUUUCAUAAUUCGAAUCUUCAUUGAAAUUUUAAAAACUUUAGUUGCUACAAAAAUCUACAGAACUUUAGUAAUUCAUAAAAAGCUCCUUAAGAGUUAUUUAUGAUAUUUAAUAAGAAGUAGAAAAUAUGCAUAGUAGAAUUAAUGAAGUAUCAAGUUAACCUGAAAGUUUAAUUUAUCAGCUAAAGGAAACAAAUUUCUCAUAAGAUAGGCAGUCUCUGCUUGAAUAAUUAAUUGAAUAUGUAGAUUUAAAUUAAAAAAGUGUAGAGGCUAAGCUUAAAUAAUUUAAGUUUUAAGAAAAAAUUGAUGAUAUUUAAACCAAGUUAGAGUAUUUAAGUGAAAGUCUUCAACCUAAUUUAUUUGAAUUAAAUAGCCAAAUCUAUAAAGUUAAAAAGGAAACUGUAGAUCAUUGCAACUAUUUACUCUCUAAGUUAAAUAUUAAAGGAAAGUGGAAAUAAUAUUCUGAUAUUUAAAUGGAUGAAGAAAUUAUGCAUCCUGGUAUGAGAGGAGUUUAUAGAUUUAGAAUAAGCUAAGAUGGAAGGGUAUCAAGAGGGACAAAUACAGGAUAUGUUUACUUAGCAUAUACAACAACUGAAGAAUACGCUAGAUAUGAUUUUUGUAAUCUCAAACAAUAAAAUUAAGGAUGGUUCCCUGGUAGUAGCAGUAGCUAAGACCCAAUAGCAGAAUAACUAGCUUCAUACUUUUUAGAACAAAGAGAGAAAAUUUUGAAUCUUUAGAGAAAAAUUUCAAAUUUUAUAGAUUCUUGA